GGACAGCCGAGUAAGUUCCAGGCGGUUGAGGCUCUUUCCAUUCCGGUUGCGCUGGUCCCUCUCCGCGCCCAGCCUUUGUGUCCGCCAUGAACCCCAGCGACCCCAGCUACUCCUUGGCUUCGCUCUACGUGGGGGACCUGCACCCCGACGUGACCGAGGCAAUGCUCUACGAGAAGUUCAGCUCUGCGGGGCCCAUCCUCUCCAUCCGGGUCUACAGGGACAGGACCACCCGCCGCUCGCUGGGCUACGCGUCUGUCAACUUCCAGCAGCUGGAGGACGCCGAGCGGGCCUUGGACACCAUGAACUUCGACGUGAUCAAGGGCAAGCCGGUCCGCAUCAUGUGGUCUCAGCGGGACCCGUCGCUGCGCAAAAGCGGGGUGGGCAACAUCUUCGUCAAAAACCUGGACAGGUCCAUCGACAGCAAAGCCCUGUACGACACGUUCUCCGCCUUCGGGAACAUCCUCUCGUGCAAGGUGGUGUGCGACGAGAGCGGCUCCAAGGGCUACGGGUUCGUGCACUUCGAGACGCAGGAGGAGGCGGAGCGCGCCAUCGAGAAGAUGAACGGGAUGUCCCUCAACGACCGCAAGGUGUUCGUCGGGCGGUUCAAGUCCCGGAGAGACCGGCAGGCCGAGCUUGGAGCCCGGGCUAAAGAGUUCACCAACGUCUACAUCAAGAAUUUGGGGGACGACGUGGAUGAUGAGCGACUCCAGGGCCUCUUCAGCAAGUUCGGGCCCGCCUUAAGCGUCAAAGUCAUGACGGACGGGAGCGGGAAGUCCAAGGGGUUUGGGUUCGUGAGCUUUGAACGGCACGAGGACGCGCGGAAGGCGGUGGACGAGAUGAACGGGAAAGACCUCAACGGAAAGCAGAUCUACGUGGGCCGGGCUCAGAAGAAAGGGGAGCGGCAGACGGAACUGAAGCACAAAUUCGGGCAGACGAAGCAAGAUAAGCGCAAGGCAGAGCAGGCGCCCCAAGACAGCGGCGCCCGGGGCCAGGGUGUCAACCUGUAUGUGAAGAACCUCGACGACGGCAUCGACGACGAGCGUCUGCGGAAGGAGUUUUCCCCGUUCGGUACCAUCACCAGCGCCAAGGUUACCACGGAGGGCGGCCGCAGCAAAGGGUUCGGUUUCGUGUGCUUCUCCUCCCCGGAAGAGGCCACCAAAGCGGUUACAGAAAUGAACGGUAGGAUCGUGGCCACCAAACCCCUCUACGUAGCCUUGGCCCAGCGCAAAGAGGAGCGCCAGGCCCACCUCAGCAAUCAGUACAUGCAAAGGAUGGCAGGCAACGUCAGCGAGGUGUCCAGCCCGGUCAUCAACCCUUUCCAGGCAGCUCAGGCUCCUCCGGGCUACUUCGUGGCAGCCACACCGCAGACUCAGAACUGUGGGGCGUACUACGCCCCCAGCCAAACCACUCAGCAGGGACCGGGCCCCCGUGGGAGUGCUCAGGGUGCCAGGGCUCAUCCGUUCCAGAGUGUGUCCAGUGCCAUCCAGCCGUCUACUAUCCCGUCGUCGCUUAGUGCUUCAGGGCCAGCUUCCUCGCAGGCUCUCCGGAGUAUGCCCACACAUCGUGCCGCCAGCGCAUCCACACAGAUGGUGGGCUCGCAUCCCGCAGCUGCAGCUGCUCCUGCUGCCCGCACAGUUCCCCAGUAUAAGUACACGGCGGGAGUCCGGAACCCCCCUCAGCAUCUUAGUGCAGCAGCACAGCCCCAAGUCACCAUGCAGCAGCGGUCUGCGCUCCCUGCCCCAGGUAAAGCGUCUUUGACGGCCUCCAUGCUGGCGUCGGCUUCUCCUCAAACGCAAAAGCAAAUGCUAGGGGAAUGGCUGUUUUCCCUCAUCCAGGCCAUGCACCCCGCUCUGGCUGGUAAAAUCACCGGCAUGCUGCUGGAGAUUGACAAUUUGGAACUGCGCCACAUGCUUGAGUCUCCAGAGUGUCUCCACACCAAAAUCGAUGAAGCCAUCGCUGUGCUGCAAGCCCACCAAGCUAAAGAGACUCCCCAGCAGGCGGUGGGCAGUGUCGCUGGGGUUCCCACGGCCUAAAGUUGAGCAGGAGAAAGCAUGAAACUGCUUCAGUGAAGAAAAUGACCUAGACAUCAGAAAAACUAUGGGGGAAAAAGCAAAAUAGAAAGUAAACAAAAAAGGAAAUUAGAAUCUUCUGUGCCAAGUCAGUGCCGGGUCUCGUGAGCAAUGCAGGCCCUAGAUGACUUGGUUUAAGACAACAGAUAUCAGAAACAGAGAAAUUUAAACACAAAUAAACGUUUUAUAGACUUUGGGGGAAAUGAUUUCUUUUUUUGCAAAGUGAAACAUUUUAAAGCGUCUCUUACUUGCGUUGUAAUAUGAAUAGCUCCAGAUGUCAGUUCUAAGUAACAGAAUUGACAACUGAGCAAGGGAACAUGAUUGGAUCAUAGCAUUCUUGCUUUACAAAAACUCCCUUUAGAUAGUGAAAGGGGAAAAUAAAGGUGUCACUGUUGGCUGUCCCACCUCUGAGACACCUGGCAGGCUAAUGUUUGUGGCCAACUGUAUUUCCACUCACCUGUUGCCGUGUACAAAACAUGCUGUCUUCAAUUCACAACCCCAUCAAUUAGUUGUACCAAAAAAACACCUUCAACUUAGAAAUGUGUGUCUGUGGUAUGAACUGCAGACAAUUGUUAUAGCCGUAAAAGUUGCGUCCAUCAUCUGGAUUUGACCGCUGUACUUUCUUAGCAUCGAAUAGACUAACUUAUCUAAAAUAUGUGCCUUCUUGACCGCUGUACUUUCUUAGCAUCGAAUAGACUAACUUAUCUAAAAUAUGCGCCUUCCUCAAACGUGAUCUAACAUUCACAUUGCAUUUAUUGUGUACUGGCGUCUUGCUGCUGCUCUGUGGAUUUGGAAGAUUCAAGAGUCCUGGUUUCUUGGCGCUGAGUUUUGGUGAAAUAAAUGAGAAGGUAAAAA